UGCUGCCACAAGCCGCAGCUGCAGCCAGCUGCGUUUUCUGAGACAACGAAGAGGGGAGGGUCAGUCAUCGGUGGGAGGGAUGCUCGCAGAAUACGCUGAUCUGCUAGCUAUAGUAAUGAAGCAGCAUUGCUAACUAGUACCAGCGACGUGACACGCGUUAGUUAUCGAACCUCCAUAACGGGUGGCUGUCCGGCUCCUCAUCAUUCUUCAACGUGUGUUCGAGCAGAGGCCGCCGCCGGUCAAUCAAUCAGGGGCCGCCGGUGUUGUUAACCUUCGGAAGAACGCGGAAGUGUCAUUCAGCGUAAACCCUUUGACACAUUGCUGACAACAUGGCUGAAUUUAGCAUCGACCAGAAAAAACUGCCUCCAGUAAAAGAUGUGUGUCGUGACUUUGCAGUGCUGGAAGACCAUUGCCUGGCCCACAACCUCCAGGAGCAAGAGAUCGAGAGCCACCUGGCGUCCAACGUCCACAAGAGUCGCCUGGCUCAGCACGACCUGAAGGUGGCCAAGCUGCUGCAAGAGGAGGAGGACAUGAGGGCCAAGGCCCAGAGCAAGAGACAGUUCCGGGACCUAGAACGCCAAGAUAAUGAGAUCGCACAGGGGAUUCAGGAGGAACUCGUCCGACAGGCUGAGCAGCAGAUACUUCAGGAAGAAAAGGACAUGGCCAUCGCGCGUAAAAUGCAGGAGAAGGAGAUGAAGGAAGAGAGGAGGAGACAGAAGAAGCUGGAGGCUAACUUUGAGGAGGAGUACUUCGAGGAUGAAGGAGGGCGCCCAGACAAAAAGGGCCAUCCCGCCCCCAGGUCGCACAGUGGCUCCCCGGGCCGCUUCGACGAGCCUCCCGCCUCGGGUCGCCCCCGGGAAGAGCGUUUCCGCGAGGACCCCGCGUCCCCCCACAGCCGCUCCCAAAACCCCAAGCACUACCUGGCGGUGGAGGGGGACACCUACCCCGAGCACUCGCUGCCCCCUAGAGGCCGCCACGGGGAUAGGCCACCAGGGGACCACCCGGGGCCCGAGGCGGGCCGGGCCCGCGGCCCGAGGGGGGAGGAGGCGGAGAGGGUGGUGCGGCGGAAGGAGAGGCCGCCCAGGCCCCCCCCCAUUGACCUGGACCGGGACUGGGACCGGGACCGGGAGAGGGACCACGAGAGACAGCGGAACAGGGAGAGGGAGAGAGUGAGGGACAGGGACAGGGAGAGAGACCCCCGGCGGGGCCCGGAGCGACCCAGGGCCCGGGGGGCGGCCGGGGACCACCACAGGGAGCCGGACAGACAGAGAGACACGGACAGACGGCGGGCCAGGACACCGAGCCGGGAGCGGGUUCUAGAGGAGGAGGGGAUCCCGAGGAAGGACAGGACGUCAUGGGGCGAUGAAGAGGUGCAGGGGGUGGUUGGUGGUGGUGGUGGUGAUGAUGGGGGGGGGGAUCGGAGGGGCAGGGGAGCCGGGGGCCGGCAGCGCGUGCCCUCGGACCCUGACGCGGUGUUCGAGGAGCACUGGAGCGGCGACGGGCCUCGGAGCGGGGAGGGUCCCGGCAGGGAACGCUGUCACACGCACCCUCCCGGAGAACCAGGUCGCAUCGUGCAUCGCGCCGGCGGCACCGUCAUCGCGGGCCAAGAGUACGGCCUGAGCGACGCCACCCAGGGCCUGACGCGCCUGGACCUCCGCGACCAGGAGGUCAUCGACAUGGAGGUGGCGCGGAGGCUGCAGGAGGAGGAGAUCUUGGCGAGCAAUAAAGACAAGCACGCUGCCCAAGUCGCUCAGGAUGAGGAAAUCGCUCGGCUUCUGGCGGAGCAGGAGAAGAAGGAGUACAAGAAAAUGAAGGAGCGGGAGAAGGAGAAGGAGCGGGAGAAGGAGAGGAUGAUGAUGGACAGGAUGGCGCAGGACAAGAAGAGACAGGAGGCGGGCCUCAGGCCUCACGCCGAGGACGUGGUCCGUCCGCGGGACGCGGGCCGGCCCCGCGACGACCACGGAGGGCCCAGAACACGGGAAGAGUUGGAGCACCACAGGCAGAGGAGCCACAACAAGCCCACCAGACCCCCUCAACCCCGCACCCCAAACUACGAGAACGUGAACCCCGGCCCCCCCUACGGCUACUCUGACAACCCCUUCCCCCCCCGGGGCAACACCAGGCCAGAGGCGGCCUACAAAGGUGGCUAUUACAGACAGUGACUCAAGCUCCCUGUACUGGCCAGCUGUCCUUAUUUUGAUUUCAUACCAUUUUCCUCAUACCCUUGUUUGUAUUAUUAUUUAAUAUGUUUGUACUCAAGGAUCUGUGCUGUGAUCGACUGAGAGGUUUGGGACAAUCACUGAGUUGCCAAAAUGGAAUAUAUAUUUUUGAACCUCCCUAAAGUUGAGAGAAACCAAGUGUCUUGGGAGGGCCGCUGGUAUUUGUUCCUUUUUUUUGGCUUUAAAAUGUAUAAAAUUGUACUGUAAUUCCUUUUUAAGUUGCCCAGCACCGAGCUAGGCCAAAGGAGCGGGCCCUGGGACCUGAACUCUGAUGAUUCUCCGCUGAGGGACCGUCAUCCAUUGCUGUUCCGUCCUCGUUUGUCAAACGUCUGCAUCACAAGGGCUUCAUUCGCCUCCGCCGGAUAGCCCCGUGGGAUGUGGCUCCAUGCUCCAUGCUCCAUCACGGCUGCUAGUGUCUUAAAACCAAGAUGGCUACCGCUUCUCAAUGCUGGACUUCGCAACUCUUGUCCUUUUAUAUCAUCAUGCCGGGAUUCCGGGCUGUUCGACAUAGUCUCAUGCUGCACACGACUCAUGUUAUUUUAUUUUUUUUGGACGGAAGUGUUCUCUGUUCUCUUUAUCUUCAUAGGUGUGGAACGACAAAGUACAAAACAACCGUAUCGAAAUGCUGGGUCUUG